AUGGCAAGCACCGAUGGGAAAACGUUUCCUCCCAGGAAGUGGUAUAGGAGAGUACCCUUCUUAUCACAGAAACCGAUCAAGACGAAGCUCACAGAACGACAUUUGAAAUCGAAACCAUUCUCGUCGAGUAACGUGGAAAAUGAAGAGGGCAUCAACAGCCAAGCAUAUGAGACGGAAACGCCAGAAGUGAGAGCCAACUUGCUAUCCAUCAUUACGUUCAACUGGCUAGGCACUUUACUACGGACCGGUUACAGUAGACCCCUUCAGGCAGAUGACCUCUACGAUCUUCCGAGCACCAGAUUGGCUAUUGGCCACGCCAAUCUUCUUGAGAAAUCAUGGGCCGCGAGGUUCAAACAGAACAAAGAACGACCUCCGUCUAGACGGUGGUGCUCCUGGUGGCCCUUUUCGACAAGACGCACAACAGACACGACUGUCCUCGCGCUAUCUCUGAAUGACGUCUGCUUCCGGUGGUUCUGGUCCGGAGGGCUGCUCAAGAUGUUUGGCGACUUGACGCAGAUCGUCUCUCCGUUGCUCAUUCGAUUCCUCAUCAGCUCGCUAAAUGAUUCAUCCCAGCAGGCAUAUCGAUCCGGGUUUGGCUUUGCCAUAGGUUUAUUCGCGCUCUUGGCCUUGUCCGUCAUCACAAACGUGCAUGGCUUCUACCGAUCUGCUACGACUGGGAUUCUCCUGCGAGCAGCCCUCAUGCACGUCAUCUACCGUAGAGCGACAACCAAGCUCACCGAGCGGGCAAAGUUGAAGGGAGAUCUCGGCGCCGGCAAGCUGAUGAGCUUGAUGAGUGCAGAUGUGACGCGUGUAGAAUUUUGCUGUGGCUUCUUUCACUCUGCGUGGACCAGUAUUCUCCAAAUUAUUCUUUGCCUGGGCCUCACAAUCUGGACGCUUGGAUACAGUGCUCUACCCGGCUUUGGCUUAUUGGCACUGCUAUACCCUCUGCAGUCGUUUAUGAUGAAGAACCUCUUCCGUCUGCGUCGAACCAGCAUGCCCUUUACCGACGCCCGUGUUAAGGCUGUCGUCGAAGCUGUGUCAACCAUCCGACUCGUCAAGACGAAUGCAUAUGAGCAGAGUCUCUUGUCCAAGAUUGGAAAACUCCGAUCCGGCGAGGUUGUCUAUAUCCGCAAGAGAAUGCUGCUGCGAGCCAUCAAUAUUGCUGUCUCGUUCACAGCACCCACACUUGCCUCUGUGGUCAGCAUCGUGUGCUAUGGCGCCACCACUGAAAAUGGUAUGCAGGCCAGUGUAGUCUUCUCAGCUUUGACUUUCUUCUUACUGAUGAGGACGCCCCUGGGCUCUCUUCCCAUUGCCAUUUCUGCUAUUGCUGAUGCGCGAGCGGCUUUGGAGCGUUUAUCUUUGUUCAUGGUUGCCUCCGACGACUCAAUUGCUCACGAUGCUGCGUUGCGCCAUGAGCUCUCUCAGAAAGGUAGAGACGCCGGACACGACUAUAUUAUUGAGGUUGAAGAUGCCAUGUUCGCCUACCACGAUGACGAGCAGCUAUUUGCAGGCCAUGAUGGCAAUGACGAAAAGUCUAAUGCUACUCCGUCGCAGAGACUAUAUAUAGAUUCACUCAGUGUCAAGAAGCACCAAGUGGUUUCCAUUGUUGGUCCAGUUGCGUCGGGAAAAUCCUCAGUUUUCGGCGCACUCUUGGGCGAUAUGCAUCUCGUGAAGGCGGAGUCCUGCUCCAUCAACCUCGAUCUGUCCGUUUCGUCGCAAUUGGCCUUGGCGCCGCAAGUUGCUUGGCUUCUGAGUGACACGAUACGGGAGAAUAUUGUCUUUGGACGCCCUUUUGAUGCCAGUUGGUACAGCGAGGUUCUCACUCGGUGCUGCUUGCACCCGGAUCUCGAAGUGUUAUCUGACAGCGACAUGACUGUCGUCGGUGAGAAGGGCGUUUCCCUCUCAGGCGGCCAGAAGCAACGCAUCAGUCUCGCAAGGGCUAUCUAUGGGAAAAGUCAACUUCUAUUGCUAGACGAUUGUUUCUCUGCACUGGAUGCUCAUGUGGGAGCCCGUGUAUUUGAAAAUGUUGUCAAUCGAGCACGUAGGGACAAUGAAGGCACCAUUGUGUUUAUAACGCACUCCAUGGUUCUCGCCCGCCAGGCCGAUCAUAUAGUGUACAUGGAGAAUGGGCGUAUUGUGGAGCAGGGAUCGUUUGACUAUCUACAAAGCCUAGAUGGUCCGUUUCAUGACUACAUUGGCUCUUCAAUGACGCAGGAUUCGAGACUGGAGACAUCCUCGGAGGUUGCACAACCCCCUCACGAUCCAAAGAAUGCUCAACUGUUACCAGAAGACAAGGCAAAAGUGAAAGAUGCCGAGUUACAGUACCAAAACCAAAACCAAGAGAAAGAGAAAGACACAGCCGCUGCCCCGCCAGACCCCAAAGCUCGAGGCACUCAACAGGGAAGAGGCAAAGAAAUUAUGCAACAAGAGGAGCGACUCGUCGGCACUGUCAGCGGGAAGACAUACUUGCGCUAUAUCAAGUUUGGUAACGCAUGGCUCACAGUGCCUCUUUUCUUUGCAUCCAUAGCCGUGUUCCAAGGAACCAGUGUUGUGUCUCCCUUAUGGCUCAGCUGGUGGCAAAAGAAUAAAUACCCAGGCAUAUCGGAGAGCGCCUACAUGGGAGGUUACGCUGCUUGGGGUAUUGGACAAUCUCUGGGCCUGUUUCUCACGAACACUGUAUUUGCCCUCUUCUGCUUUUGGUGCUCCAACCAACUUCAUGCUGCCGCCUUUUCCGGCGUACUGUUUGCCCCUAUAGCCUUUUUCGACACCACGCCCCAAGGACGCAUCACACAUCGCUUCAGCAAGGACGUGGACUCGGUGGACAAUGUUGUAGGCGAGCAAUUGCGAAUCUUCAUCUCAACGCUAGUGCAAGUUAUAGGCACCAUUAUUGUCGUGAGCAUUAUUUUGCCCGUCUUCGUGGCUAUUGCUGCGGGCGUCUUGCUCCUCUACAUCUGGACCGGCAUGUACUACCGCCCUGCUGCACGAGAGCUACGUCGUCUCAAUAAUCUCCUUCGCAGCCGCAUUUACGAGCACUUUGGCGAGUCGUUGUCCGGAUUACCCACACUCAAAGCAUUUGGCGUUCUGGAUCGGUUCGUCCAGGACAAUGGUCUUAAGAUCGACACCGAAAACACGGCUUACUGGCUCUCUAUUGCGGCCGUGCGCUGGUUGAACCUUCGACUGGAUUUAUGUGGCGCUGUGCUUGUCCUGGGCGCAGGUCUACUAGUUGUUGGGCUUCGUGACACCAUUGAUCCCUCCUCUGGAGGUGUAGUGCUAUCGUAUAUAGUCACUGCUCAAGCUGCAUUUGGGAACAUGAUUCGCUUUAGCGCCGAGAUUGAGAAUAACAUGAACUCGGUUGAGAGAAUGCUCCACUAUGCGUAUAGCCUCGAGCAAGAGCCGGCGUAUCAUGUCAAAGGCGUGGACAAGAGUCUUCAGGAUCAGGAAUGGCCCAGCAAAGGACACGUGCAAUUCCAGUCAUUAACCCUCAGCCAUAGACCCGACUUAGAUCCAGCACUUCAGGAUGUGACGCUUGACAUUCGUCCUGGUGAAAAGAUUGGUAUUGUCGGCCGAACCGGUGCGGGAAAGACUACUCUGAUCACGGCUCUCCUCAGGCUGACGGAGCCCACAAACGGGCGAAUCUUCAUCGAUGGUAUCGACAUCCAUAAAGUAGGCCAUCAUCUUCUACGGUCACGCUUAUCUGUCAUCAGCCAAGACGCGGUGCUCCUGGCUGGAACAAUAAGAUACAAUCUCGAUCCGUUUCAGCAAUAUGACGACGCCUGGCUCAUGAAGUGUCUGCGUAUCGUCGGGCUCGCUGGUGAGAAGAACAACACUACGGCUACCAUUUCUACCGGCAAGGAUAGUGGCGACUCAAGUGACAAUGAGAAGAACCCCGAUCACACUGGCUCUAUCCUUCAUCUCGAUUCUCAGGUAAAGGAGAACGGUGCGAACAUCUCUCACGGCCAACGAUCCCUCAUCUCCAUUGCUCGCGCCCUGGUUAGACGUUCCAAAGUUGUAAUCCUGGAUGAAGCCACAGCCUCCAUUGAUGGCCGAGCUGAUAAGCAGCUUCAGAUCAUGCUGAAUGAGGUCAUGGCUGACGCCACCGUCCUUACCGUAGCCCAUCGACUCGAAACCAUUGUCCAUUCGUGUGACCGAGUCUUGGUCAUGGAGCGUGGCCGGGUGGCAGAGUUUGAUACUAUACCCAGUCUGUACGCGGAGACGGAUAGUUUAUUCAGGGCGUUGUGCGAUGCUGCUAAGAUUACGAUAGCCAAGGAAAAGUGA